GAAAAGUAAAAACACGAUAAGAAAGAAUACAAAAUACACAUACAAAAAUUCAAUCAGAGUGUGUGUUGAAAACUUGGCAGCACUGUUGCAAAAGGUGAGUUUCUCUGGAGCGAAUGAAAAAUCAUAAAUACGGCAAAUUACCAGAAAUAACUAUUGGCAACACUUUCAACAUGGUGAAUUUCUUUAAAGCAGACAAGCAAAAAAACUUUCGAGUCGAAUUUCUUGUUUUUCCCAAAAUACUACUAAAGAAAAUUGGUUUUUCCAAUUAUCCUACUGUUUCCUCUUUUUUUUGUAAACAAAAGGAUAAAAACUUGUUAAAAAAAAUGUAAAGAUUCAUAAAAAUUCCUUAACAUUCUAUUAAAAAAAAGAAAUAAAAUGUUUAAAAUGUUAAAAUAUAAAAUAAGAACAUAAAAGUGUUGCAACUAGAAGUAUUACUAUUUGGGGGUCAUUGCUGGAAGCAAUGAUUCCAUGGGUACGUGAAAAAUUUGCAGAACGUCGUGCCAAAUGGCUGGCGGCCCGUAAUAAACGUUCCACGAAUAAAAGUGAAGAUGAAGAUGAUAAUUCAUCGACUAGUGCCAGUGAUAUAGCGCCCAGACUGCAUCGUCUGCAAGAUAAUCCCGAAGAGUCGGCCAAUAGUUCAAACGCCACCGUAACGGUAGCGGCCCCUGCCAGUGGCCGUUUACCACUAACACCACAAACCGCCCAUAGAUCAAUGAGAGGGUCUUCAGCAACAUCACAUUGUCAUCAUCAUCACCAUUCAUCGUCAUCAUCAUGUUCCUUGACCAACUCAACGUCUAAUAAUAUUAAGUUAAAUAAAAUAAGAAGUUCUCGUCGUUCUUCGGCUGCCUCUUCAUCUGUGGGUUCUUGCCACAACAACGAUGAUGUCCUUAAAGGUCCAUCCACCAAAGAGCGUAUCAAGGUACGCAUUGUUUGUCCUUCGGCCCGUAUUUUGGUUUUCCAAACGGAUAUCAAUAGACGUUUGCUAGAGUUAAAGAGUGAAAUACUUUUAGAGCUUAAAGAUGAUAUGGGCUCUAUGCCCCUUUUCGCCACAGAUCCACGCUCGCUGGGUCCUAGGUUUCGUUUACUAAAGGCUGAUUAUCAGGGUUCGGAGCUAAAUGAGAAUUUGACAUUGGCUCAAUUGGAGAUAGGCAAUAAUGAUACUUUAGUGUUGGUGGCUAAACGUAAUCAUUUGCAGAAUUUAAUGACUCAAACGCGAGAGACGCGUACACCGCCCGAGGUUGAAAUUGAAAUGGCUACGAGAAGUUUGCCCGUACGUACCAGUGAGAUACCAAUGGUUGAUAUUAAUGAGAUAUUUCAACAGUCUAAUUUGCAAUUUGAUGUCCGUAAAGUUUUAAUUUCCUUGGCACAAGCCUCAUCCGUUAUUAUUGGUUCCGGCCCCUAUGCUAAUCGUUUGAUAGCCAUGCUCAAGCAAAAACUUAUCAAUAAACGUAACUAUCAAAAUGAUACUCUACAGUGCCUUGUGGACAUGGGUUUUAAAAAAGAAAAGGCUGAAUAUGCUCUAAAAAUACACAACAAUAUCUAUUCAAAUGCUUUGGAAUGGCUUAUUUUACGGCAAUCAGAAGAGAUGGGCAUAGAAGAAACGGUCAUGGGUUUGCCAAGAACUAAUUCUAUAGCCUCACCAUCGGGUAUAAUGUCAAAUGAUGGUCCUAUUGAUAAUAUAGCAGCUUUAUUAGAAAUAGUGCGUAUUUAUAGUCAUCGUGAUAUACCGCCCACACCGGAGACCAUACAAAAUCUUGUCGAAAUGGGCUUUCCUGAAACAGAAGUUAUAGAAGCUUUAAAAAAGACUUGCAAUAAUAAGGCAGCUGCUUGUGAAUGGUUGUGUGGUAAUCGUACCGGUAGUUUAGUUGAAUUACGUGAAGGUUUAGCCCAAGAUUCUCCCAUAUUAAAAACAAUACUUGAAUUACCACAAGUACAAUUGAGCCUAAGCAAUCCCAAGAUAUUAUUAGGUUGUUUUGUGCGGCUAUAAUUGAAUUAUAAACACUGUGGUUUUAUUUCGAUCCAAAAACGCUCAUCACCACCUCAUUCAUAAUCAAAGGAAACAACAAAAAACAACAGCAGACAAAAAAUUGUAGGCCCCAACAUAGAUGGAAGAAAAUUAACAAAUUAUAACACACUAAAACAUAACUGCAACUUGCAUAUGUACAACAAACGAAAUAAAAAAAGAAAUACCUACUUUAAAUUAAAAAUGAAUGUCUAGAAAAUCGGUUUAAAACUACAAAAAAACGCCCAACAUCAGACGUUUUUCUUUCAACACCCGCAUCAAGAAAGAAAAAAUCGAAAAAAUAACAUUUAAAUCGCACUAUCAUGAUUACAACUGGACUCUUUGGGCUGCUGCAGCAUUAAAGUCAUUUAAUGUUUGCUUAAAUAAAUAAUAAACACUUUUUUUUUGCUGCUUCAUCUGACUCCUCCUUGGUCCAUCUUUCAUCAAUAAAGUUCUUAGCAAAAUUGCAGUAUAGUCGCCGAUAAAAUGUUUGAGUUUAUUUGAAAAUGAUUGUUGUUUAUAAUUGAACGACGAGACAUCCUGCUUGAAAUUGUGAAAUAAUCGAUAAUAAACAUAAACAAAAAUUUCGAAAUAAAAAUAAUUACUGACCAUUUGGUGGAAGAAGAGGAAAAGUAUUUUGAUUUGUUAUUUGUGUAAACAACCUAAUUAAAUGAUAAAUGACUAAUAAACGAGCUGUAAA